AGCACACACAUAGCACGUACCUAACGAAGAAAGUCAGUUCUAUGUAACACACACACUUUCUCCCACCUAGGCAACCUUUACCUAAGAUUCGAUUUCGUCUGGUGCCUUGCUAAAUCCCAAUCCCGCCUUCCACCGCCUAACUUUUAGGUACUAACCGUUGCUAAACUAAACGUUGUUAAGGUAAAGUAUCCUUGCUAACCUGGCUAACCUGGCUAACCUAAACCCUUCAUUUUCAUUUUCAUUAUUGUUCCUCUUCCUCCUUUCCGCUCUUCUUCUUCAGUAGCAUUCAACACACCCACCACCAUCAAGACCCUGAAUAGACCUCCCAAAUUAACCUAAUUUUAUUACCCAUCUAUUGAUAGACUUUUUACUGCCUGCAGCGCUACUACAAGCCGACCUUCGCAACGCAAGGCGCAUCCAUCAUUAUCAUCAUCUAAACAUUUCACUAUGGACGCUGGAGAGGGCCAGGCGCCUUUCUCCCCCCCUGCAGGCCCGGUAACGGAUCAACGCAAUGUUCAGGUCGACAAUGCCAUUCGCGCCAUCAAGGAGAAGAAGCCUCUUCCCGAGAUCGAUUUCAGCAUUCAUACCAUGGAAGAUGGCACGCAAGUUAGCACCAUGGAACGGGUUUGCAAAGAUGUUCAGGCCCCCGCCACAUUCAAGCCUACCGACAAACAGUUCUUCGAGGAUGAUACCCAUACGAAACCUGAUAUCACCUUUUUGAAGCAGCACUUCUACCGAGAGGGACGAUUGACCGAGGAGCAAGCCUUAUGGAUCAUCAAGACCGGAACCGAGCUCCUACGCAGCGAGCCUAACCUAUUGGAGAUGGAUGCCCCCAUAACAGUUUGCGGCGACGUCCACGGUCAAUAUUUUGAUCUUAUGAAGCUUUUUGAAGUCGGUGGCGACCCGGCCGAGACUCGAUACCUCUUCCUUGGCGAUUAUGUCGAUCGAGGUUACUUCAGUAUCGAAUGUGUUCUAUACCUAUGGUCUUUGAAGAUACAUUACCCGAAGACUCUCUGGCUGCUGCGUGGGAAUCACGAGUGUCGUCACUUGACCGACUAUUUCACUUUCAAGCUUGAAUGCAAGCACAAGUACUCUGAGGCUAUCUACGAAGCUUGCAUGGAGUCCUUCUGCUCCCUUCCGCUCGCUGCAGUCAUGAACAAGCAAUUCCUCUGCAUCCACGGAGGGCUCAGCCCCGAGCUUCACAGUUUGGACGACCUGAGAAAUAUUGACCGUUUCCGGGAACCACCCACCCAAGGAUUGAUGUGCGAUAUCCUGUGGGCCGAUCCCUUAGAAGAUUUCGGCCAAGAGAAGACUAACGAAUACUUCAUGCACAACCAUGUCCGUGGUUGCUCGUACUUCUUCUCCUACCCUGCCGCAUGCGCCUUCUUGGAGAAGAAUAACUUACUCUCCAUAAUUCGGGCGCACGAGGCUCAAGACGCCGGUUAUCGAAUGUAUCGUAAAACCAGGACCACCGGAUUCCCUAGCGUCAUGACCAUAUUUUCCGCACCCAACUACCUCGACGUUUACAACAACAAGGCUGCGGUGUUGAAGUACGAGAACAACGUGAUGAAUAUUCGGCAGUUCAACUGCACGCCUCACCCGUAUUGGCUUCCAAACUUUAUGGACGUAUUUACUUGGUCAUUGCCAUUCGUUGGUGAGAAGAUUACUGAUAUGCUGAUUGCUAUCUUACAUACCUGCUCAGAGGAAGAGCUUAAGGAAGAAACGCCUGCGUCGUCAUCACCUGGCCCGCAGUCGCCUCCCCUCGGGGGCCCUUACUCGGAUCCGGAUUCGAUCGAAUACAAGAGACGAGCCAUCAAGAACAAGAUAUUGGCCAUUGGUAGACUGUCGCGAGUAUUCCAGGUACUUCGGGAGGAAUCCGAGAAGGUUACGGAGCUCAAGACCGUAUCCGGUGGACGACUGCCUGCGGGUACGCUUAUGCUUGGCGCUGAAGGAAUUAAAAACGCCAUCAAUACUUUUGAGGAUGCCAGGAAGGUCGAUCUCCAGAACGAGAGGUUGCCACCUAGCCACGACGAAGUCCAAAAGCACCAAGAAGAGGAACGGCAGCAGGCAUUGGAGAGGGCCUCCCGAGAGGCAGAGAAUGAUAAAAAACUACAGACUCUUUCGAGGAGGCUAAGCACGUAAGUAUUGAUUUAUUUGCAAUCCCAGUAAACAUCUGCUUACUGUUAGACAGUGAUCGAAAGCGAUGAUCUUGUGCGCGUAUAUAUCAGCUGAUCCUUCAGGUAGCGAGUGGACGUCGACUUGAUGAUCCCAUUUAUGAUGGCAGUACGUGUGAUGCGUAUCUUGGCUUAGCAGAUUAGAACAUCCUAUCGAGGCAGUAACCUUUGGUCAUUCUUCGAAACGAUAAAUAUCUACCUAGUUGAAGCCGUGCCUGGAUUGUUGUUCAGACAAUACAAUAAAUGGGAGGUAUAUAAGACCAAGGAUCCAAGGUCCAAGGGGGAGGGCUCUAAUAAGAUAAGCUGGACGAUACGGUUUUUUUUUUUCAGGUGGCUGACGCAGAAAUUAAAGACGAAUACGGUAUUGGGGAAAGAAAAAAGGGAUGUCCUAUCAUGAUAGUUGGCGAGUUUCUAAUG